CGGACUUUCUAUUUCUAGCUUCUUCCUUCCCCAAGUGACCAAGUCUUCAAUCACUCAAUCUUCCGUGGACCGUGGAGGACCUCAGUGAUUGAUUGUAGGCUGAUGGGGAUAACACAGAAUGAGCGGACCAGGUCCAGAUCCAGUUUUACCUGAUAAUCAAACAGUUGCAGGUCCAGAUAAUGUUUCACAUAAUAAUCAAACAAUAUUUCCAGCAGUGAUUACGUUCGGAGAUUCUAUAGUUGACACCGGCAACAAUGACUAUAUCCCUACCAUCGUCAAGAGUGAUUUCGAACCUUAUGGGAAAGAUUUCGACGGAGGAAAACCUACCGGAAGGUUCAGCAACGGAAAGGUCCCCUCAGACCUUAUAGCUGAUACCCUCGGUAUAAAGAAGACGAUUCCAUCGUAUCUCCAACCCAACUUGCAACUCCAGGACCUCCUUACCGGUGUAAGUUUCGCAUCGGCUGGUUCUGGGUAUGAUCCUUUUACAUCAAGACUUGUGCAUGUCCUGUCACCGGACGAUCAAAUAAAUAUGUUUAAAGAGUACAUAGAGAGGGUAAAGGCAGGAGUUGGGGAACAAAGACUGGCUACUCUACUAUCGAAAAGCUUAUUCAUUUCUGUUUUUGCAAGCAAUGACCUUGCAAAUAGUUUCUCAAAUCCAUUUAGGAGGCUGCAAUAUGAUGGUGAUCGUUAUAGUGAUCUAAUGGUCAACUGUGCAAGAGACUUUUACCAGAAACUUUAUGCACUUGGAGCAAGAAAAAUCGCAGUAUUUAGUGCACCGCCAAUUGGGUGUCUGCCGUUGAAGAGAACAUUAGAAGGAGGCAUACUACGGGACUGUUCAGAUAUUACCAAUAAAUUAUCAGUUCUCUACAAUACCAAGCUCUCUUUGAUGAUCAAUGCUCUCAACAAAGAGCAUCCUGACAUGAGGCUAGUCUAUAUUGACAUUUACAAUACACUACUUUCCAUGAUCAAAACCCCUGCUAAAUACGGAUUUGAAGAAUCAAGCAAAGGCUGUUGCGGCCCUGGAACAUUACAAUUUGGUAUACUAUCAUACGUCUAA